GUGUCCAUGAUGGCCGCUAAGACAUCUAAUCUCUCGUGUCUUCUUUAUAAUCCUCAUGACGCUAGAUUCGAAGACCGAGAAGUGCCUACUAUAACAGAUCCCUACGAUGUGGUUAUAAGGAUUGCUUAUGUUGGUGUCUGUGGCAGCGAUGUUUCUCCUACCAACCCUCUGACGAUGGGUCACGAAGCCUCUGGUACAAUCCAUAGCAUCGGCUCUGCGGUGACCACUCUCUCACCCAACGAUAACGUCUGCAUCGAACCUGGCAUCCCCUGCUCUCGCUGUACAUCUUGCAAGUCCGGUCGCUAUAAUUUAUGUCCUGAAAUGGCAUUUGCUGCUUCGCCUGGUCCUGGUCCUGCUACACAUGGAUGCCUGUGUGCUUACUAUAAACUUACGGAGUCUUUUGUCUAUAAGCUACCAGCAAGUGUGAGCUUAAAGGAGGGUGUUCUUGUCGAGCCGUUGUCUGUUGCUGUGCAUUCGAUCAGGUUGGCAGACGUCAAGACUGGUCAUCGAGUUGUGAUUUUUGGAGCGGGUCCCGUGGGGAUCCUGUGUGCUGCUGUGGCUCGUCAGUUCGGUGCUGCGCAAAUCAUGUCGGUUGAUAUGAAUGCGGCGAGACUGGACUUUGUCGAGGAGUUCGCUGCUACUGGCGUGUUUGUGCCAGAUGCGAAGGCCGAUGGAGCGACCAAUGCUGCAGCCAUUGUUGAGAGGUUCCAUCUCGAUCGCGGAGCUGACAUCGUCAUCGAGGCCUCAGGUGCUGAGCCUUGCAUUCAAAUGGGCAUUCAUGUACUGGCACCCGGAGGCACCUACGUGCAAACAGGCUGUGGAAAGCCGAAUGUCUUGAUACCAAUGACGAAACUCGGUGAGAAAGAGGCAGUUGUCAAAGGGUGUUUUAGAUAUGGGCCUGGUGACUUCAAGUUGGCUAUCGACUUUCUGAAGGACAGCAAGAUCGAUGUCAAGAAGAUGAUCUCGAGGACGGUGUCGUUCGAGGAGGCACCUGAGGCUUGGGAAAGUGUAGGCAGGGGCGAAGGGAUCAAGACACUCAUUCGUGGUGUGCAGAAUUGA